ACCUCCCGGCUGAUUGGAGAACACGCCCCUCCGGGGCGGAGCCGGGCGGGCAUCUCCUUCCCGCUGCGAGACCAGGACCUCCGGGAUUCCUAGAGAGGACUCGGAAGUGUUCUCGGGGGUGGGAUUUAUGGCUCAACCCAGUUGGCUUGGGAAGGACUGGACUUGCUUACUUCCGGCGAGGAAGUGGUGGGAAGUGUCAGCUUCGGUUUUCUCUGUUUAUAAGAGAUCUGUCUUCUCAGCCUCGGCUACGUGGAGCCUGAUCUUCCAGGAGAGUUCCCCGGGACUGAGCUGAGGGAAAGGGGGUUUGUGUCCGGACGCGGGUUCCAAGGAAUCUAAGUCCAAAUCGGUACCUGUAUCCCUGCUUCUCUUCGGGACCAAUGAAGACUCCCGUUCGUCUGUCAGGCUCUUGUGGCUUGAAGGACAGGGCCAAUUUUGAACAUUGUAAUGUUUCUGAUCCCUUUUCUGACUUAAGUUUGACUUACGGUAGAGAGAAGGAGCAGCUGCGUCUGGACUAGUUAGUAAAUCUUGUUCCGUUAUUUAUCUGAAAUGUAACCGUUCUUCACCUCUUAAAAGUAUACUUUAGUUGGGCCAGAUGUCCGAUUUUAUGGCUCUCCUUUAAAAUUUGUAAAUAUUGGAAGUAGGCUCUAUUGAUAAUCAUUUUGUAGAUGGAUGAUGGCUACCUUGUAGUCCGUAUUUUUAAGUAAAUUACUCUGUUCCGUGUGGAUGACCACUUUGUCAUCUCGCUUUGCUAAUAAUGAUUUUCAAUGUAUCAGUAGGUUACACACUACUGAAGGUGUCCUUCAGAAGAUCUUAAAUAGCUCAAAAGAAAUUUGAUUAUUCUGAGUGGGAAUGAUAAUGACAGAAUCCCGGGAAGUUAUAGACUUAGACCCUCCAGCUCAGACUUCGCAGGAGCAGGAAGACCUUCGAAUAGUGAAAGUGGAAGAAGAAGACUGCACCUGGAUGCAGGAGUACAGUCCACCGACAUUUGAGACUUUUUACCAGCGCUUCAAGCACUUCCAGUACCAUGAGGCAUCUGGACCCCGGGAGGCACUCAGCCAGCUGCGGGUGCUCUGCUGUGAGUGGCUGAGACCAGAGCUGCACACCAAAGAGCAGAUCCUGGAGCUGCUGGUGCUGGAACAGUUCCUGACCAUCUUGCCUGAAGAGUUCCAGAUCUGGGUGAGAGAACAUCACCCGGAAAGCGGAGAAGAGGCUGUGGCUGUGGUAGAAAAUAUACAGAGAGAACUCGAGGAACGCAGGCAGCAGAUUGUUGCAUGUCCUGAAGUGCUUCCUCAGAAGAUGGUGCCACCUGGAGCUGUGCAGGAGUCCUCCAGUGAGCAGCUCCUGUCCACGGACAGCCAGCCCAGACAAGAGCCACAGCAGCCUCAUCUACUGGAGGAAAAUGCCCUUCCUAUUCUCCAAGUUCCUUCCCUUUCCUUGAAGGACAACCUUAGAGACCAGGAGCUGACAGCUUCACUUCUCUCAGCUGGGUCCCAGAAGUUGGUGAAAAUUGAAGAUGUGGCUGAUGUGGCUGUUUCCUUCAUCCUGGAGGAAUGGGGACAUUUGGACCAGUCCCAGAAGAAUCAUUAUAGGGAUGACAGAAAGGAAAACUAUGGGAGUAUUGCUUCCAUUGAUUAUGAGUCCAGGAAUGAGAACAUGGAACUCAUAGUAGAGCAGAAUUCUGAUGAAGCCGAAUCACACUGGAUGACGUCAGGAAGCACUGAAAGGAAUGUUCCCCAGAGUCCAGAGUUUGCAGAAGUUAGUGACCUUAAGGGCAUGGUAGAAAGGUGGCAGGUAAACCCCCCUGUGGGGAAAUCAAGGCAGAACCCUUCUGAGAAAAGAGAUCUUGGCAUUAAUCGUAAGCAAAACACAAAUGGUGAGAGAGGUCACAAAUGUAAUGAUUGUGGUAAAUUUUUCCUUCAAGCCUCAAACUUUAUUCAACAUCGGCGAAUCCACACUGGAGAAAAACCGUUUAAAUGUGGUGAAUGUGGGAAAAGCUAUAAUCAGCGUGUGCACCUUACUCAGCAUCAGAGAGUCCACACUGGUGAGAAACCCUAUAAAUGUCAGGUGUGUGGAAAAGCUUUCCGGGUGAGCUCACAUCUUGUUCAGCAUCAUAGCGUGCACAGUGGAGAAAGACCCUAUGGAUGUAAUGAAUGUGGAAAAAACUUCGGUCGGCAUUCCCAUCUGAUUGAACAUCUGAAACGCCACUUCAGAGAGAAAUCCCAAAGAUGCAGUGACAAAAGAAGGAAGAAUAUAAAAUUGAACAUUAAGAAGAAAAUUUCAGAAUUUCCAGAAGCAGACAUGGAACUGUCAGGAAGAAUCCAAAGAAAUGUUUCUCAAGUUCAAGAUUUUGGAGAAGACAGUGAACACCAAGACAAGUUGGAUAGAAAUCAGGGAAUUCCCAUGAAAGCAAUAUUAGGACAACCCCCUUCGAAGAGGAUAAAUUUCAGUGAAGUCACAUAUGCCCAUAAAAAGUCCUCUACAGGAGAGAGACCAUAUAAAUGUAAUGAAUGUGGGAAAAGCUUUAUUCAGAGUGCACAUCUUAUUCAACAUCAGCGAAUACACACUGGGGAGAAACCAUUUAAGUGUGAUGAAUGUGGGAAAAGCUACAAUCAACGUGUGCACCUAACUCAACAUCAGCGAGUACACACUGGUGAAAAACCCUAUACUUGUCAUUUAUGUGGCAAAGCUUUUAGAGUGAGGUCCCAUCUUGUUCAGCAUCAGAGUGUCCACAGUGGGGAGAGACCCUUUAAGUGUAAUGAAUGUGGGAAAGGCUUUGGCAGGCGGUCACACCUUGCUGGACAUCUGAGACUCCACACUAGAGACAAAUCCCAUCAGUGUCAUGAAUGUGGAGAAAUCUUUUUUCAAUAUGUUAGCUUAAUUGAGCAUCAGGUGCUCCACAUGGGUCAGAAAAAUGAAAAAAAUGGCAUUUGUGAAGAAGCAUAUAGUUGGAACUUAACAGUGUUUGAAGAUAAGAAAAUUGAGUUACAAGAGCAACCUUAUAAGUGUGAUAUAUGUGGAAAAGCCUUUAGUUAUGGUUCAGACCUUAUUCAGCAUUACCGAACUCAUACUGAAGAGAAAACCUAUGAAUGUGAUACAUGUAGAGAAAAUGUUGGCCAAUGUUCCCACCUAAAACAUCAAAAAAUCUAUUCCAGCACAAAAUCCUAUCAAUGUAAUGAAUGUGGAAGAGGCUUCACUCUGAAAUCACAUCUUAAUCAACAUCAGAGAAUCCAUACUGGUGAGAAACCCUUUCAGUGUAAAGAAUGUGGAAUGAGUUUCAGUUGGAGUUGUAGCCUUUUUAAACAUCUGAGAAGCCAUGAGAGAACAGAUCUCAUAAAUGUAUAGGUGUUUCUAUUACAGAGUAGCUUUUCAAUUCUAGAGAAGCACUCCUGAAGAGAAACCUUACAUGUAUAUUGAAUGAAAAAAACACCUUCAAGCAUUUUCUCCAACUUAACCAUCAAACCUACAGAUAUGUUGAAAUCCUUGAGUUAGAACUCAGCCUUUAGGAACAUUGGAGAAUCCACAAUAAGUUGAUACAUAUUCACUUUCAUCAUUUAGGAAUGCUUUGGUUAGCAUUUUCAUGCUUGAAAAUCUAUAUGAGAGAACCUAUAAAUAUGGUGGUUGAAGGAAGGCCUUCAGAUGGCACUCAUUUUUCAUUUGAAAUUCAGAAAACUGACAGUGGGAAAAGCUUCAUGAGUGCAGUAGAAAUAAGCUUCAUUUGUAAUUUCUGCCUCGCUUGACAGCAGCAUAUCUAUUUAGGGAAGAGCACAGUGAAAUAAAGAGAAGACUCUUCAGUGUGAUAUCUGUUUUGGUACCUUAGCAAUGAACCUUUUCUAGAAAUGAUUACCCCAGCCACUAGAAUCCUCCAGUCAUUCCCAUAUUGAGUAUUAAACCCAUUUAGAAGAAGAAAUUGACUUAAAGUAUUUCUAUUUUGGCAAGUGUUCUUGCUGCUUCAUUCAAUUUAUGACUCCUCUAUGAAACACACUCUACUUGUUUUUGUUUUGAUUCUACUAGUAUCAUGGUUAGCUAGUAGAAAGAGAAAUUCAGGAGAUGUAAAUUCAGGAGAAACUGCUGGUCAGUCAGAUCUUAAGGAGAAAAGAGAGGGUACCUUAGGGAAAAAGAAGACAGACAAAACUGUGGACUAGUUUACAUUACCAAGAGUGAUAUUAUUAUAUAUAAGAGUGUGGGUAGCUAAGUGCAUAGAGGAAUUGGACUUUGUCAAAUUAAGCAUCUUGGUCCAAUCAGUAUGUAUACUGAUUCCCAGUUGCCCUGGUGAUAGACCACCACCAUACAAUAAUGGCAUAUACAAUGCUGUCAGUUUGAGUUGCGGUUGAAAUUGAACUAAUUAGGAGUAGGUGGGUACAUGGUCUGGCUAUCCUUACCUUGUGGAGAGGUCUGGUAAGGAGUUUGAUGGGGAAAGAAAAUAUGUAUAAGAUGAUUAAUUUGAGUCUAUUUGCUAGAG